AUGGCGUUAACUAGGAUGGAAUUUUACAAAGAGCACCUUGCAUUAGCUAGCCUAUAUCUUCCUUUUGCCAUCCUCUCACUGACCAAUGGGCCCCAUGCAAUCAUCUCCUACCUCCACGCAAUCAUCCUCCAGCUGUUUUCCCUAGGGCACUUCUUGCAUCUGAAGGAAGCCAGGCCUCUGGGUGCCAGACUGUUGGAUAUAGGUGCUAACCAUGACGAUUGUAACGGGAUGAGGAUAUGCCUUGAGUUUGGUGUGAGGGGUUGUGAAAUUGAAAGAGCAGUUGUCGUUCAGAAGUCUACGUGCAGUGGAUUAAACAGGUGGCCUUUUCCAAAGCCAAUAAUUGUUCAACACUACUUUGGUGGAAAAUUUAUCCGUGACGAAUGGUUUACGCUGGACAUCUGA